AUGACCAAACUGCCAACCGUAUGUGCGCCCGUACCAGGGAAACCACUUAAGCUGUAUUUGGCUACCAAUAACGAAGCAAUAGGGGCACUCAUAGCCCAAAAUGAUCAAGAAGAGAUUGAGCGACCGGUUUAUUAUGUUAGCAGAAAGUUAAAAGAUGUAGAAACUCGCUAUCUAAGGGCUGAAAAGGCUUAUCUUACUCUAAUAUAUGCUGUCCAGCAACUGCGCCAUUAUCUGCUAACUCACACGAUCAUAGCAAUCACUCCAACAGCUGUAAGGGGUCAAGCCAUCGCUGAUUUAUUGGCAAACUUUCCCGGAAAAGACAGCUGGGACAUUACUGAUGAUGUACCUAGAGAAUUGCCAGCAGUUGCACUGGUGGAAACAGCUAGGGCGGCUUGGAUUUUACAUUUUGAUGGAUCCUCCACUACUUUUAAAGGAGGGGCUGGAAUAGUCUUAUCCAAUAGCACCAGAGAAAUAGUGAGUAUGUCAUUCAAGCUUGAUUUUCCAUGCACUAAUAAUAUGGCUGAAUAUGAAGCAUAUCUCACGAGCCUAGUGGUAGCUCGUGAAAUGGGCAUCAAACAUCUUCGAGUAAUUGGAGACUCAAAUCUGGUUGUCUGCCAAGCUAGAGGAGAUUUUGCACUCAAAGAACCAUCUUUAGCUCUAUAUAGAGCUAUGGCCCAAAGGUUGGAGGACUCUUUUGAAGAAUUCAAUAUUGAACACUCCCUAAGGUCCGACAAUCGCUUUGCCGAUGCUCUAGCCAGAUUGGGAUCAAAAAUCAGUUUUGAAGGUGCAACUACAGAUGUCACUUUUGUAAAAAGGCCUAUCCCAGUGGUACAAAUGCUAAAGGAAGAAUUCUCUGAUCAACUGCUGGGACAUACAGACUGGCGAUCUUCCAUUAAAGAAGCACUAUUAUCACCGGAUGAGAAGGAUCGUUUGAAGAUACUCAAAGAUUAUGCUCUAAUGGCAAGGGAAUUAUACAAAAAGCUACCUGGAGGAGUUCUAGCUAGAUGCUUGAGCCCUGGUGAGUCCACUGAGCGAUUAAAAGAAGUUCAUGAAAAAUCUUGUGGCCCCAGCGGUUCUGUCAGUCUCUACAGGCGCCUCCAGCGGUUAGGCUAUUACUGGCCAGAAAUGGGCAAACAAGUUGCCACUGUCCAAAAGCAAUGUACCGAUUGCCAAAAUCCUCUUGAUAAGAUGGAAUCAUGUGCAAUCUUUACCACCAACGAUUGGCGUGUACCCUUCCUUGAGUAUCUCAUAGAGGGCAUUUUGCCUGACAAUCAUGAAGAGGCCUACCGCUUAAAAAAAUUGGCUACCCGCUAUUUUGUGGAAGGAGGUAUUCUUUUUAGGAAAGGGUUCAAUGGGGAGCCUUUGAGAUGCCUAAGGACCUCUGAAGCACAAUCGAUUAUGCAAGAGGUGCAUGCGGGUGAGUGUGGUGACCAUCAGGGCAAAAGGCGACUUCUCCAGCAGCUACUCAAUCUGGGGUAUUUCUGGCCCACAAUGAAACAAGAUGCAUCUGAAUGUGUGAAAACAUGCCACACUUGCCAAGUCCACCAACCUUCAAAACAUGAUGACUCCUUGGCCAUUUCAUACUUGGGGGCUUGA